AUGGCGCACAUAAGAACCAUCUUAGGGGUGGUGAUGGCGGCCGCAGCGGCGACGAUGCUGGUGUCGCCGCUCCUUGCUGGAGCCGAAAUUUCUCCGGCUGAGGCACAAGGGAUGCCCAACUGCGACAUCACCUGCGGCAGCAUGAGCGUGCCAUACCCAUUCGGCAUGGGCCCAGCCAGGUGCUAUUGGCCGGGCUUCAACCUCACGUGCGACCGCAGAAGCAACCCGCCGCGGUUGCUGCUCGGCGACGGCACCCUCCAAGUCCAAGAAUUCUCCAUGAGUAACUGGUCGACAUUUGUGACCGUCAUACGUACGGGUGACAUAAAAGUCGACGGCAAUGGUGAAGGCACACUCGGCGGUGGUCUUACCACCAACGGGCCCUACACGAUUUCAUCCAACAAGCUCAUCCUGCUGGGCUGCAAUGUUCAGGCGACACUCAAGAACAGUGAUGUGAUCGUGAGCAGCUGUUCUUCUUUCUGCAAAAACGGUGAUAGACUCUCCCAUGUGCGAUCCACACUCGAAGAAGGCAUGCAAUGCUCUGGCAAUGGCUGCUGCCAGUCGGACAUUGUCUUCAACCCUGCAGAGGUAGCAGGAAGGCUUUUCAACAGUACGUCCUAUGACGUGCAGCUCAAAUGGUUCGGCUGGAACCGCAGCACGGACCAGCAAUGGCCCGCACACGUCUUUAUCGCGAGGUCCAGAUGGUUCAGCGGUACAUCAGUCUUCCGCAAGCUGUUACGAACAGACGCCCCCGUGUCAGCGGAUGCAAUGCAAGUUCCCUUUCGGCUGGACUGGGAGGUUGUUGGCCAUGGCGCAGAAGGCUCCAACGUAUGCAAAAGCAAGCACAGCGACUACCUAACGGGCAAGAAAGGCUACACAUGCUCCUGCAAUCACGGCUACGAAGGGAAUCCCUACAUCACCGACGGAUGCAAAGAUAUCGACGAGUGCAACAAUGAAGGGUCUGCUAAGUGCUAUGGUUAUUGCACCAAUUUGGAUGGAUCAUAUUAUUGCCGGUGUCCCCCCGGAACCGAUGGCGAUGCUACCCUCCAAGGUGGCUGCCGCACUCCCAUCACAAGUGACUGCAUUACGUCCUGCGGCGACAUUGAUGUACCGUACCCCUUUGGCAUUGGAUCUGCCAAUUGUUACUAG